AAAGUUUCCCUGUUAUUCCAGGUGCAGUAACAUGCUGCCUGUGUCAUAUUCAUGUCUAAGGGAAAACAUUCUAGAUUAGUAAUCCGAAGCUCCUUGAUACUCAGGUCAUUAUAAAAAGUAAAGAUGUAAAGAUAAUUUAGUUUGAUUUGUAGGCAGCCUAACUACAAACUGUCCCAGCCAAUUAUAUGAGGGCCUUUUUCUGUUCAGCCAAUCAAUGUUCCAAGUCUGUAGAUUUAGCUAACCACAGGAAAAUAAACAAAAACUGAUAAAGUCUUUAUGGCAGGGGAUUUAUUAAACUACACCUCCCCCUUGUGGCAACUCUGAGUAGAACAGUGCCCACUCAGAGAAUAGAAAUCUGCUAAGAAUUUCAUAAAAACGGUGAAUAAAAUAAUGAAUUUCACAAACUAUAAUAAAAUGCACUAUUUAUACUAAAAAACAGCAAUUUGAGUACAUUUUCUAUCAACUCUCUUUUGUCACUUCCUCUAUUUAAGUUUCACAACACUUCAUUGCCAAAGGUAGAGUCACUCCUCCAGAUUAUUGAACCUAGAUGUUCCACACACUUUCGUAGCCGCGGGUUAAUAAAACCAAGCACAUAAUCAUGCUAAUUAGUUCUGAAAGCAGAUCAGCAAAUAAUAUAGUGUUAGAUAUAAACAGAAAACUGUGUUCAACAGCAUUGAUGACUAGUCAGAUUAAUCAGAGAAUUCAAAAACGCACAGUUGUCUUGAUUUGAUUGAUCACCAGAUUUCGUGAUUUUUUUUUUUUUUUCACGACCAACUUAAACAAGAACUUCAGCCUCAGUUUGGAUUCUGAAUUCAUUCACUGGGUAACUAAUGCACUUUUGGGGGGACAAAGGGUGACUCUUCAAAUUAGAUCUCACAUUUUAUAUUCGCCCUUUAGAGAGAAACCUAUAAUAAGGGUUUAGUAGGGCUGCACCUCCUCAGUACAGUAGGAGCAUUAGCACCACACACACUGAGUCUAGAUUUGAUUUGAUUUCUUCCCCCCCGCGCUGUCUCUUUGCCACGUGACAUAGAAAUCAUUAAAUUAUAGCAGAGGUCUGACAGUUGUUGUUUUGCUCGCCUGCUAGCCCCGCCCACCUGUCCCUCUUAUAACAGCUGCCUUCAGACGGCUGCGGGGACACAGCAGCGGACCCGGUCCUCAUCCACACAUGGAUAUCUAACAAGUUUCCCACUCACAAUGGAAGCCAAUAUUGUUGUUAUGGGGACAGAAAGUGUCGGGAAAUCAGCAAUGACUGUGCGCCUGUUGACUCGGAGAUUUAUAGGUGAAUAUGGAGACAUCGAAUCCAUCUACAGCCAGAGUUUUAUAGUAGAUGGCAGAGAGGUCACUCUGAAUAUCUGGGACUCCCCUUACUCUCAGGAUUUGUCUGUGGAAGCCUCACAUUUGCAUAAGAAGAUCCAGUGGGCAGACGGCUUCGUCCUGGUCUACAGCAUCUGUGACAGAGCCAGCUUUAACGCCAUCAGCAGGCUGGUUCAGAAGAUCAAAUCCACCAGAGACUGCUUUAGCAGGGAUAAGGUCCCCAUAGUGAUAGUGGGCAACAAAAAGGACCUGCUCCACAGACGGACAGUGUUGAGUGAGGAGGGCCGGAUGCUGGCCCUCAGCAUGGACUGCCUCUUCUAUGAAGUCUCGGCUGCAGAGAACUACCACAGCGUUGUCUCUGUGUUUAACGGCCUUGUGGACAGGAUGAAGGAUGCCAAGCUCACCACAAAGAGACCUCUGAGGUUUAAGGGCAUAGUAAAAAGCAUGUCUGCUGUGUUUGCCAGAAGAAGGACAGAUUCACUUUGAGAGAAAAAUGUAGGGAGAAGAAAAGGCUGGAAAUUGUGGGCAUUUUACCAGAUGGAAAAAAUAAUAGUACGAAAUGACUCUGAAUUCGGAUAAGGCUAUCAAGCUUCAGAAAAUAUGAACUAAAACACACAUGUUGCCGAUGUUCCCUGGACCUCAACAAGAAAAUGGCUUUCAUCUUUCUGGACUGUAAAAAAACUGUUUUGUGCAGGAUAUUUAAUCUUUAUUUAUCUGUGUUAAAUAAAAAGUGCACACUGGACUUAGAUGUCUUCAUGUAAACAUAAAAGUGUAUUCAAAUUCUUCCAGUACUGUUGACGCUUAUACCAAAGAAAUGGUCUUAAAAGAACCAUUUCAAGCAUACUGUCAUUUUAAACUAAAAGCUGCAUAACUCCAUGCAUUCACUUCUUGUCUAUUGUACUAAACAACACAUAGCCUUUAACACAACAUCAGUUUCAAAGCUGUGAAAUUCAGUUUGGUCAAAGUGUAAUAUUUGUUGCAUAGAAGGAGGAGUGCACCUUCGAGAAAAAUGUUGUCGUUCUCAAAUAAUGGAGUGUGUUUUUAUUUUUAAUAUUGUUUUUCCAUUUCCUUGAAUGUGAACCAUUAUUGUUUACAGCUGGAAAUAAAGAAUGAACCUAUAUUUCA